UUUUUAUUCCUACAAUCAAUCACUCAAUCAGUGCUCAGCUCAAAGAUUUUUAUUUUUAUGAUUUCUAUUUUAUUCGUUUCGUACUGGGUUUAUUAGAACGUUUAAGUGAAUUUUCUUCAGGAGUUGAAAGCAGUAAGAUAACUUUCUAAGCAGAAAGAAUUGAAUGAAUAAUGGCAGACUCCGGAGUUGACACCAGUAAUGAAAGUAGUGAUAAUCAAAACAUUGAUCAUUCUCCGUGUAUUAUAGAAUUUAAUCCCUUAGCAAAUUCGUUAGACUUGCCUGGAAAUGAGGGGAUAUCAAGAGAUUUCUUCGACGAACCUCACGAUUUAAUUGGUAAAAUAAAAUGUACCACGAAGGCCAGACAUUGCCGGAUUAAAUAUCGUUGCAGUGCUACGAUUUAUUCAACAAGAAAUCAGAAGCUUCGAUUUGCUGCUUCGACAAACAACUCCGAACUUGUGGAAAAAUUACUGUCUUCGGGCGCUGAUCCGAACUCUUCAGAUGAGCAUAAACGAAGUCCUUUACAUUUAGCAGCAUGUCGUGGAUACGUCGAUGUUGUAAAAGUUCUGUUAAGGCACGGCGCUAACCCUAAUAUAAAAGAUACUCUUGGUAACACCCCAUUGCACCUUGCGGCAUGUACUAAUCAUAUACCUGUGGUAAUUGAACUGCUUGAUGCUGGUACAGAUGUUAAUUCCAAUGACAGGAAUGGUCGAAAUCCCAUUCAAUUGGCUCAAAGUAAAUUAAAACUAAUUCAAAUGCGUCCAAGCGGUGCCGGUUAUUUUGAAGAGACUCGCCAACUUAUUAGUGAAAUUUGCCUUGUUGUUGAGAUGAUGCUUAAAUAUAUGAAAAUUCAAAAAGCUGAUUCUGGUGAUCUCGAAUCCGUCCGUCAGAGGCUUGAGUGUAUUAGCACACGGGAGCAAGUGGAGUCGGAAGUUCAAAAUUUACUUGACAGUCUUGACUCUUUAAAACUCAGAUAAAUUUAUUAUAAAUGUUUUUAUUUAUCUACAAAACUAAUAAUAAAUCUUUUAAUUUCCUAAUGUGAAUAAUAGAUAUAUUUUCUAAUUUAAUUUUAUCAUUUUCACUUUGUGACAAAUUCAUGUUUGUUUCACAUAAACAAGAAAUGUUUGCCAUGAUUUAAUAGUUAUAAGAUUUAAUUAUAAUAUUUAGAAAUAAUACAUGAAAUUGUAUAUGAUAUAAGAAAUAAACAUGUUUGAUUUUCAA